UUGUGCGCGCUCCAAGGCGCGGCGAGGCAGCGGGACGCAAGCCGUCGCUGCGGGGCGCUGGUGGUGCCGGCGGCCGCCAGACUCCGCCCCGCGGGGGCUCCGCUCGCCCCCGGCCAUGGAGAGCGGCGGCGGCGGCAGCGGCGGGAGGGGCCCGGUGGGGCAGGAGGAGCCGGCGCCGGCUCUGCUCCAGCCGGCGCUGUCGUCGGCCGGGGAAGCCGGGGAGGAAGAGGAGGAGGACGACGAGGAGACGGCGGCGCUGCUGCUGCGGCCCCCCCCCGAGGCCCAGGCGGACUGGAUCUUCAUUGACGGCGAGAUGGAGGAGGUGGCGCUGCAGGACCUGCCCACCGCCACCAUCGCCUGCAACCUGGAUCCGCGCGUCUUCCAGGAUGGACCGUGCCGGGCCAAAUUUGAAUCACUGUUUAGAACAUUCGACAGAGAUAUCACCUUUCAGUAUUUCAAGAGCUUCAAAAGAGUACGAAUAAAUUUCAGUAACCCUUUAUCUGCAGCAGAUGCUAGAAUCCAGUUGCACAAGACAGAGUUCCUUGGAAAGGAAAUAAAACUGUAUUUUGCUCAGACUUUACACAUUGGAAGCUCACAUUUGGCACCACCGAAUCCUGACAAACAGUUUUUGAUUUCACCUCCUGCCUCUCCACCUGUUGGCUGGAAGCAAGUGGAAGAUGCUACUCCAGUCAUUAACUAUGACCUUUUAUAUGCUAUCUCCAAGUUAGGACCAGGAGAAAAGUAUGAGCUACAUGCUGCAACUGACACUACUCCUAGUGUUGUCGUCCACGUAUGUGAGAGUGACCAGGAAAACGAUACGGAAGAAGAAACAAAGAAACCCAAACCAAAAAUUAUUCAGACGAGACGGCCAGAUUAUACUCCUACCCAUUUCAGUUGAACUGCUGUUGUUUUUCCAAGGUUGCAAGUAGACAUAUGCAAGGGGAAAAUUUACUGUGGAAACAGCAGGUCACAGGUUUGGUGGCAACAGCAGCAGUUAUAAUAGGAGAAAUUCCAAUAUAAGUUUGCUCAGAAAAAAUAUAGGAAGUUUCAUCCUUACUCUUGAUGCUGCAAGUUGAUGGAUGCCAUGAGGGUAUUCCCAGAUUGCUGGGAACAAAAGAUAGGCAGAAGAAGACAUUUUGAGACAUAACAGGACAAACUAGGUUUAUUUUUUUGGGGGGGUGCUAUAAGCUCUUCCAUUAUAAAGCAGCUGGGGGAAGCUUUCUUUGUUCUGACUCACAAAAAUCAUCAAACUAAUAGGCUAGUCAUUGUGUGGAGUACAUAGCGAUAACAGAGCUGGUUUUAAAGAUUAAAGUAUGGGAACUCUAAACCUUUUUCUUAAAAUAGAUUUUGUGCAUGUGUAUUCUUGGUCUUCUAAAGUAACUUUGCAUUUUCUAUAGUUUCUCACAUGUUUCUGGAAAUCUGGGGAAUUAUUUAAAGUAUUUAUUAUCUCAGCAUCCUGGACUUACUACUAGAUGUGUAUAUACAUAUAUAUUUAUAUUUGUUUUUAUUGGCACUUAUUUUCCAGCAGGCAUAAGAUUUCUUCAGCACCUUAUUUUGGUGCUAUGUAACUUGUGCUUUUAAAAUUUUAACCUUUUAAAUGCCUAUGUAGGGUUUUAUCUGGCAACGCAAUGGAAAAAGUGCAAUAGGAAAGUUGUUUAAACAAGUUAAUUUUAAAUUAUUUAAGUUCAAAUAAUUUAUAUCUUCAAUAACGUCUAGUUUGGUAGCUUUGACUUUCUCAUUUGGAAAAAAAGUACUUUUAAAUGUAUAAAUAAACCUAAUGUUGCAUAUUCACAGCAAUGUCAUUUUUCAGUGAAAACCAUGAUAUUGGAGAGAUGUGAACUCUACUCAGUAUGUGAAUCUGCAUUCUUGUGAGCAAAGGUUUAACAGUAAUUGAAAAAUUGCACACAGUGUGUAGAACAGCAAAGAGAGAUGGAGUGCCUUUUCCUCGUUCAUUCCCGAUGUGAACUGUUCUACAAGCUACACACUUGUACCUUUUUCUACUGGCUUUCUAUGUCCAUAAGUAAAAUCUUUCUUAGCUUUGCUUCCAAAAUAAGCUGGUAUUUAGAAAUGUUUAAUGCCAAGUAAUGAUGCAUACUUAAGUAAUGGGUAUCUGUUGGAGAAGCUUUAGGGCUUUUUAUAUGUUAGUGUUAAACGACAGAAGCCCAUGGCAUACAAGUUCAGAGGAAGAAAGAAGACAAAAGUGUAUUUUACUACUUGUUUUUUUUAAAUGGAGAUCCUCACUUUGAAAUAGAUUUCAGGAUUCUUUUUCUUUUCUUUUUAAGAGAUAGUAACUGAAAUCUGGGGAAAUAUGUAACUUACAGUUUUAGAAAGGAGAUGUGUGAAGCCUCUCGACAUGUUUUUAGAAAUGAAAGAAUGAUUCUCUGUUUGCUUUUGCCAGAGUUGGUCUGAGGAAGUGUUUUGUAGCUGGGACAUCCAUUCUGUGCCAUUUGAAGCAAACAUUGACUGAAAUGCCCAGGUUCACACCUUGGUUUUUAAAUAGAUAAUGUAUUUUUUAAAAAACAGGUAAUGAAACCAUUCCAAGCUGUGGUGCAAUGUUACUGAAGGCCUUUUAUAAUACUAAGCAAAACAGAGAUUGAUACCCUGCAACUACAGAGAGCAGGAAUAUAUUGAACUUCAGUAAUACCUGCAGUAUGAUCUUGGUUUGAGUGGUGUGCCCUGAAACAAACGCUGGUACUUGGACCUAACUCAAGUAGCACUCUCUCCGUGUUAACAGUGUUAAGAAGAGCUAAUGCCAUGUAUUGCUGGAGCCAUGUUUUAUGGACAUGGGGGUGCAUAACAUUAUUUUGUGUUACUAAGGUGUAACAAUCAGCUUGAUACAUGUACUGCUUGUUAACAUGCAAAAUAAAUAAAAAGGAGGGAAACUUUGUAGGUUUGCUACAACUGCCUUUAAACCUUUCCAAGAUUUCUUCUAUGUUUUUCAAAUUACUGCUGGACUUAGUGUGUCACUUCAUUUAAUUUAAAAUUGUUGGAAUAACUCCUGUUCUGUCCUUUUUCCAUCUUUCUAUGAUUACCAAUUAAAGCAUUUGUUUUGCAUUAGAAAUCCGGGUAGUUGCGGUUGUUUCCUAGCAAUCCGAAGAAAUCAGUGCUACCUUUCAAUCAAAAAGAACAUGAUGUUAAGUACUAAUAUGGUUGUCAUUUUUAGUACACUGGCAUCUGCAUAACAAGGUGGACGCUAGAAACCAUGGAAGUCUUGGGAUGGUUACAGUGUGUUUCCCAUUCUGAUGGCAGUUGCAAACAACAGUUGUGAAACAGUAACUUGCCUGCAUUUCUGCUCGUAUAUCCUGGGUUGUGCCACCUUCUGUUAUUACUGCAGUGUGCUGCUUGCUUUUCCUGUUGUUUCUUGGGUUUAUUUUGUUUUUUUUUCUAACGUUCAAAUGAAUGCUUAGUUGGUAUUUUAUACAGUUCUAUAGUAUUGAGCAUAUUUAAAUUAAAAUAUUUUGUUGUCUUCUUGUAAA